ACAUCAAACUAUGGCUUCCAAAGCUACCGUCUCUCUCUCAUUUCUCCUCGCUCUCAAUCUCCUUUUCUUCUCCUUCAUCUCCGCUCAAAAUGACCGAAAGUGCCCAAUAGAUGCUCUUAAGCUCGGUGUUUGUGCGAAAUUGCUCGGCGGUGUCGUCGAUGUUCAGAUCGGCAAGACUUCUUGCUGCCCUCUGAUCCAAGGGCUUGCUGAUCUUGAUGCUGCUGUGUGCUUAUGCACUUCUCUUAGAGCCAAUGUGUUGGGAGUGAGACUCAACAUCCCCGUCGACCUCUCCCUGAUUCUCAAUGGCUGCAAUAGGAAUAUUGCAAAGGGCUUCGAAUGCUAA